AUGACUGAUGGAAAAGAAGCACCAACCGCUGUUGUUGAUGAAGCGAACGAUGCGGUCAAGACUGAAGAAGCUUCUGCCGAUAUGAAACCAGAACGCAAUUGUGAAGUUGCUAAACCAACUACCGACAGUGAUGACCAAGCCGAGGUUACAGAGGACCAGAAAGAAUCUGUUAAUUCGGAGAAUGGAGACGCAAGUGGUUGCACUGGGGAGAAAGAGAGCACUGAAACCAAUCCAUCUUCGGACGACCCAAACGCAUGGCGUCCAAUUGAAGAAGAAAAGUCCACUCUGCCCAAAUCCACUUCUGGAAAUGAAGAUGGUGAAGCUGAAAAGCCCGCCAAUGUGGAAAGUGAAGAAACGACUGAGAAAAAGCGCACCUACAACAGAAAGGUUGUUCGCCUUCCCAAAGAAGUGUUUGAUUUCAUGGCUAGGAUCGAAGAGGACGGAGUCGUGAGGUUUAAUCUCACCCAGCUUGGAGUAUUCUAUUUAAAUGAGUUGAAGUUCAUGGGAUCUAAUGUAGAUGCAUUGCAUUGGGAUGAAGCGGAAGUCCCUGUUUUGCAAGUGAGCGUUCCACCGACAGCGAAAGGCGAUCCUACAUUGAUUGUAGACCAUUUUUCGUGUGAUCCUGAAGUCCGCGAAGCUCAGGAGACUCGGCUCAAAGGUAUUCUUGAGAACAGAGAGAAAUUGCGAAAACUUUACGAAUCUGGAGAGAAGGUCACACUAGCGGACAUUGCUGAUAGAAGAGCUGCAAAGAGGCUUAGAAAAAGGGAGAGGAGGGAGGAGAGAAAGAAGUUGAACGAAACAGAGACGAGUACAGGGAAGAAUACCAACGAUGAGAAGGGAGAUAACUCGAAGAAAAAGCGUUCGGCAGAAAAUACUGAUUCAUCAACGACAUUAGAGGGCGGCGUUGCCGCAAAGCAACCUCGUUUGGAAUCUAAUGAUGCAAAAACGUUUCCCAAGAAAAUUGGAGGGCCACAGUCUGGUUCGAAGAAUGUGUCAUCUAGGAGGAGAACUCUUGCUCCACAAAGGCGAGGUUCAAACACCAGUCACUUUCGCAGUGGCCCAGGAGCUUUCUUUGGUGGCAGAUCGGACGGUAGAGACCGCUUCCGUCCGAGGGUGCGACCUUUCCACGAUGCACCUAUCAGAGAAAUCCCACCUCUUUUUCCUCCAAGAAAUGGUCCUUCCAAGGUAUCUCCGUGGUCUAGACCUCCUUUCCAAGAGGAUAUGCAUAAGUUAGAACAAGUGAUGCGAAGAGCUGCACAUGAUAAUUCCUCGUCUUUUGAAGCAGCAAGACAAGUUGAGAGACUCGGACUUGGACCUGCAAUGGGAGCUAUGCUGAAUUCUGAUAUGCCCAUGAACUCAUACAACGAUGUUGCUGCUCGUCAAAUGCCUUCUUUGGUUGAUCAAGCUUUCACCCGACAUCAUGAAGAACCGUUUGGUGGCCCUCGUUAUGGUGAGGAACCGUUCGGAGUUGGUCGCUAUGCAGGAGGCAGGGAUGCACCAAUCAGAGAUAUUAGUGGUUUUGUUGAGCCGCUCAACGAUUUCGGUGACAGUCCGCGCAAAUCUGGCUACCCGUCAUCUUCUCAUGUAGAGCGCAUCACAUAUCCAAAGAUUGGCGCUGGUCCAGCGUUUGCACAGUCGUAUUCAAACUUUGCUGAAGACUCCUUCAGACAGAGAAUGGACUAUGGAAGUGGAGUGAGGCCUCGUAGCGUCAGCCCGUAUGGAAGAACGUUCUAUAGAUAA